AUGGAACAUUGCGUGAAGCGGACAGACCUCACAAGGUGGCGUCUACGAGACGACGACAGUCGUCACACUUGGCAUUACCUCGAUAAUGAGGCUGCAGAAAAGGACUGGCCGCAAAGCCAUGCGGAAAAGUACUAUCUUGACCUGCCCUUGUGUCUUCCUGACUUACAACGGGCCGUAUACCCUUUGAGCGCCGUGGAGAAUGCAUUGACUUUUUUUGAAAAGCUUCAGCUCCCAUCUGGGCACUGGGGAUGUGAAAGCGGCGGCCCCAUGACGUUUUGUGCAGGCAUAGUUAUUGCCUGGUAUGUCACCGAGACGGCAAUCCCCGACCACGUUGCAACAGAACUACAGGCCUAUCUUGCUACCAGAGUCAACUCACAGGAUGGAGGCUGGGGUCUGCAUACGACUGGUGAGAGCAACAUUUGCGGCACCACCAGCAAUUACAUUGUCAUGAGAAUUGCUGGCAUGUCUCCUCAUCACCCCAUUCUUAUUCGAGCGAGAGAGUUUAUUCACUCUCACGGCGGUGCCCUAUACUCGUCGGUCUGGGGGAAGCUGUGGAUGGCCAUCCUAGGCAUUGUUGACUGGGAUAUUGUCCACCCGAUGCCUGCAGAAAUUUGGCUGCUCCCCGAGUGGGUGCCCUUUCAUCCUUGGAGGUUCUACGUCGAGAUGAGGCUGGCCGGUCAGCCAAUGUCCUACCUGUAUUCGACCAGGUGGAGAUGCAAAGAGACCGAUCUUAUCAAGUCGCUCCGAGAAGAACUUGUUGCUCGGCCAUACGGAGAGAUUGACUGGGAACGACACAGGACAACUGUCUCCAAGGCAGACUACAAACAGUGCAGGUCACGGAUCGUUGAUGGCAUAAACUGGGCAUACGUUAAUAUUUGGAAGCCUUAUCUGCUUCCCAACUUUAUUAAAUCCAGGGCAGAGGACUGGCUGCGCGAGCUGAUUGAUAUGCAAGCAAGAAAUACGUAUUACGGAGGCAUCGCCGCAGCCGACCAGCCAAUGUCGACCAUUGUAACCUACUCCCGAGACGGCGCAAAGUCGUCGUCCUUGACCAAAUACGUCGAUAAAAUACAAGAAUUUCUCUGGAUGACCGGGGACGGCAUGCUGGUCAACAGUACCAACGGCAGCCAGUCCUGGGACACUGCCUUUAUUGUUCUCGGCAUAUGUGCAGCCGGCCUACAUCAAAAUGAACGCUGGAGACGGAUGUGUGUGAAGGCUCUGCAAUUUCUAGACAAUCAGCAAAUCAGAGACGACUGUCCGGACCAAGAAAAAUACUAUCGCCAACAACGCAGAGGGUGCUGGACUUUUAGCAAUAAGUACCAAGGCUAUGCCGUCAGUGACUGCACGGCUGAGGCGAUCAAGGCCAUUAUUCACCUCCAAACCACUGCACAUUAUCCUACCCUGUUGGACGAUGAGCGAAUAUUCGAUGCUGUGGAUUCCAUGGUUCUGUAUCAGAACAGCACCGGGGGCGUUUCCGCCUUUGAGGCACGAAGGGGAAGCCCAUAUCUUGAGCUGCUCAACCCCACGGAAAUUUUUACCCGGAACAUGGUCGAGCACGACUACCCAGAGUGUACGUCGUCGUGCGUCACGGCGUUGGCCCUAUUCAGAGAACACUGGCCACAGUACAGGACCCAAGACAUUGCAAAGUUUAUACAGCGCGGAGUCGAGUGGAUCAAGUCGGACCAGCGAGCGGAUGGUUCGUGGUACGGAAGUUGGGGCAUUUGCUAUACCUAUGGCACCAUGUUUGGCUUGGAAGCGCUGGCUGCUGUUGGUGAGACGUAUGAGAAUAGUUUACACGCACAAAAGGCCUGCGACUUUCUCAUUUCGAAGCAGCGACAAGACGGAGGGUGGUCGGAAAGCAUACAGGGUUGCGCAGACCAAACAUAUAUAGAAAGCCCAAAAGGCUCACUUGUUGUCCAGACGGCUUGGGCUCUCAUCGCGUUGAUGGCAGGCGAGUACCCGGCCGUGGAGCCGAUCAAACGUGGUGUCAAGCUGCUCAUGAGCCGCCAGCAAGACAAUGGCGAAUGGCUGGAGGAGGAGAUUCCGGGCGCUUUUCACGGGUUUUGUUCAUUUUCAUACCCCAACUAUAAGUUUUCCUUUACCAUCCGCGCUCUAGGUACUUUUGCGACAAGAUACCCGGACGAAAAGGUUGCAGAAUAA